AUGGCGACUCAAGGCGCCCCAAUGGAGGAAAUCAUGUGGCGGUCUCCCCCGCACGUCCAGAUGAUGGGAGGAUUCCUCCAUUCGAACAACAUCCUAUUCUACUUUGCAGAGUCACCCUUCUUUGACGCGACCUCCAACAAUGCCUCACUCGCCAUCCAGGCGAACUACAACGAGGCCUUCCGCCAUUUCGUCGAAACGCGCGAAGCUUUCGAGGGCCGGUUGAAGACAAUGCAGGGCCUGGAGUUCGUCGUCCACUAUGACCCCCUCCAAGCAGCAGCACAAACCGACACCAGCUUUGCCCACGAGCCCUCCAACAUCUGGAUAAUCCGAAAACAGAACCGGCGAAAGCGCAGUGGAUUCGAGGACGAAGUCUCCGUGAUAUCGACAUUCUUCGUUGUAGGCGAGGCAAUCUACAUGGCCCCUUCAGUAGCCAGCGUCAUCGGAAACCGAAUUCUAUCAGCCGUCACCUCCCUCUCACGAUUCAUGAAAACCGCCUCAACCCUUCCAACCUUCACUCCCUCCUACGGUCACACCUACAUGCCACCCGGGGUCCGAAGCAAAGAACCAAACCAACAAUCCUCCCAGCAAAGCAAAGAGUCAACACCAAUGCCCGAUGCCCCUAGUGAAACACAGUCAUCCUUGAAAUCAACCCUGGGCGUCUCAGCCACCAGCUCAAAUUACCAAGACACACGCAGUCUGGCCGAAUCAUUCAGCCUGCUAACGCGCUACGGUGACGAAUUCAUGGACGAAAACCCCCUCGCUGGCGAACCAGGUUCUUUCAUCUUAUCACGAACCGGCGGCGAGGGCGGCCCAGGUAAACAGGGUGCGCCUAAACCUGGCGCAGGUGCUUCUUUGGCUGUUCCAGCGUCUGGCCCGCCUGGCCGUGCGACUACACCGCAGGUUCGGGUUGAAACGCCUAAGGGGUCUGAUAAGGGUGCUUCGCCGCCUAGUUCUGGUGGGGAUCGGGGGAAGAAGAAGAAGAUUCGGAAUAUGGUUUGA